CGGCCAAGUUCAGUUGUAUCAACCUUCCCUCGUCGAGUGGAAGAGUUCUAGAUCAUUUGCUUUAUCUUGGGAUACAUUAAUCCAAUAAGACCUAACCUUCCGUCAUUUCUACCAAAGGUGGAAGUAGACACAAUGGGCUCAGAGGGGAUCAACUCUAGCGAUAGCGCUGUGAAUGUCAUUUUCAUCGGAGCUGGCGCCGUCGGGUGCUUCUAUGCUUCGCGACUGCAUCAUCCCGACCGUAACAUCCACGUCUCACUCGUCGCAAGAUCUAACUACAAGGCUCUGAAAGAGUCGGGCGUCAAACUUCAAACCCACACUUUCGGCGACUACGUCUUCCAUCCCCACGCCGCCUUCCCAUCCGUCGAUGCCGCCGCAUCCUCCCAGACGCAGUGGGACUACGUCUUCGUGACGACAAAGGCCCUCCCAGACCGCUCAGAUGACUCCGCCAUGAUCGCGCCCCUCGUAGGGAAGAACACGAGCAUCGUCCUCAUCCAAAACGGCGUCGGUGUCGAGGAGCCGUUCCGUAAGCGAUUCCCCAACAACGCCAUCGUGAGCGCCGUGACGAUCGUCAGUGCCGAGCAGACCUCGCCGGGGGUGAUUCGCCAGAACCGCUGGACGAGGAUCAGUAUCGGACCGCACACAAACGGCCUCGGCACAGGCGACGCCGAGCUCGGCCGGCGCGGCACCAGGGCGGUUGAGCAGCUCGGCACGUUGUGGGGGCCCGGCUGGGGCGGUAUCCGCGACGUGGAGCCGCACGACGAGAUUGGGCUGCAGACGGUGCGGUGGCAUAAGCUCUGUAUUAAUGCCGCGUUUAACCCGACUGCCGUGCUGAGCGGCGGGCGGGGCAACGCGGAUGUGGUUACGGAUCCGGAGCUGCGGGAGCAUGUGGUGGGCAUCAUGAACGAGAUCAGGGCGGCGGUGCCCAAGAUUCUGGGACGGGACUUUCCUGACGACCUUGCGGGGCCGGAUCGGAUUGUCAAGAGCACGGCGCGGAAUACGGGAGCAAGGCCGAGCAUGUUGUUGGACUGGGAGGCUGGACGCCCGUUGGAGUUGGAGGUGAUUUUGGGGAACCCGGUGAGGAUUGCUAGGGAUCAUGGCGUGGAGAUGCCGCGGUUGCAGACGUUGUAUGCUUUGUUGAGCAGUGCGCAGAGGACUCGGGAGGAGAGGGCGACCAAGGGGAAGUUGUAGGAUAUGAAUCAUGAGUGGUAAAUAGUCUAGAUGGCGUACUAGAUAGACUAAAGUCAACUUUGCAACUUGACUUCACAUUUCCCGCUCAAAAGUCCGAGGUACGAAUUUUCGAUU